AUGGCGGCCACCACCGUUAGAAAAUCCCCUUAUAAGGACUUCCUGCAGCCAGCUCUGCAUCGGCGAUUCACCUCAACAGCUACUGUUUUGCUCAUUGUAUCCUAUCUACAAGCUAUCAUCUUGGACAGUUGGAGUUCUUACUUCUGGGCUUGGUUCCCCAUUGGUCCAGCUGGCUUCCGAACUGCCUUCAUUUUCACAUGUGGCCUCGCGAUCGUCGUGCUCCGAAUAGCAAACUACCACGUUGGCCUACGUACCACCGGCUCCGGCUUCCAGACGCUCCAAACCACCGUCACGCAACUUAAGACGUACGAGACUUUAUUUUGGUAUGGCUUUUCAAGCUUGCUCUUCAGCCAUGUUUUUCUUUGGUCAAUGCAUUCUACAGCAAACCUAUCCUGGAUCACCUAUUUCCACGGAGACCGGGCGAGGCUGAACGAGAGACCGCUCUUCCUGCUGGCAUACAUGAUUUCGUGUGCUAUUACACAAACAUUCAACCAUUACCGAAGGGAUACCGAUCGCCUGGUCCUCGGAUUGUCAAAGGGCAAAAACGAGAAGCAGCCCGACGCGCUGAAGCUGGUGUAUCAGGCAAUCCCACACACUUUCAGCGAUUCUGUCGCAGGCGCUGCAGCUGCACUUCCCGUCGCGUUGGUACUAUACUACGCCAUUUUGCGAUCCUUCAUCUGGGGUUGGGCGCUCAUGUUCUUGCGCAUCUUUUAUAAUCUACCAAAGACCAACAUGCUCCCGCCUAGCUGGCCAAGCGAUCUUUGGCUCCUGUUCCGUUGUAUGGAGGCUGGAACAUUGAUUCAUUUGAUCUGGAACAUUGGUAACUUUGCUUUCUCUUCUUUCAUGGUCAAGGCGCCCCUGAAGAAUGGUAAGCCUCUUACCUCUGAAUCCAAGGACCCCAACAGCAGUCUUUUGAACGGACUCAAGAGCAAGAAACUCUCUAUCAAGGCGUUCGCCAUGUGGGAGCUCGCAUAUAUUGCCCAAGGCUUUGACACUCGCCGACAAGCUAUUUACGAAGACAUCGAUCGCAAGGACGGGCCCAUGUGGUCUCAGGUUUAUUCCAUCUGUUUGGACGUGGUCAAGUCCAUCGAGACCAGAGUCGACACAUACGGCAAAGCUCCCGAUGCGCCUCUAGCUGCACCCACCGCGGAACCCAAACAACGGGUGUCUGCUCCUCUCCGGGACGAUCCCAUUUUCAACAACCGAGCGGCCCCUAGAACGAUGCGAAGCGAGGUCGAGAAGCGCCUUAGCCAAGUAGCACGAUCUCCUGGCGAGUCUCCUGCCUCAAAAUUGAGCCCAAUCGCCAAAAAGACUUGGAAGGAAGCCAAGGAUCGAGUCUUGACCAAGGAACAGCAGGAACUUGUCGCUCCUGAGCACCUGAAAGGUCAAUUUGAACAGUGGACUCUCCAAUUGAUGGAGGUUGACGCUAUUGCCGCCCUAUUUCAACAGCGCUUCCGAACCCAAUUCGCCGCCACGGUGCUUGGAACGCCAUAUGCCGAACCUACGCUUUGUAUCAACGCGAUUCACGUACUCCACCACCUCUCAGUGCACAGUUUGGCAGAGGAUCAGUUCGGCAAUGUGCACAGAGACGUGCCCAGCAUCAUCCGAACUUUCACAUCUGUCAUUAAGAAGCUGGAGGCUUUCCGUAUCGAGUUCCCACUUCACUGGACUGACGUGUCGUGCAAGAGAGUGAGCCCUGAGGUGGAGAAGGUUAUGGACGCUUUGAAGACUGCUCUGAAGCAGGUGCUGGCCAAUUUUGAGCCUUACAGCAGCGAUCUUAGGUUGACGCUGUCUGAUAUUCGCUUGGCUAAAGAGGCUUGUGCGGACGCAAAGAAUUCCGAGAUGACACAAGUCCAAUCAUGA